AUGUUUUUAAUUCAAAUAAAGGCUUUAAGCCCCGAUGAAUGUCAAGAAUAUGGAAAAUAUCGAUAUGUAACCCGAUGGAGAGCGCCUUACCUGCCAGGAGAAGAAGGAGAUUAUGUUACCACCCUUCAUGAUUGCAUAUCUACGGUACCGCUAAUUCCCCCGGAUGCUGGGCCAGCUCAAACAGGAGAAUAUCCUCAUAUGGCUCUUAUUGGAUCUGGCAUAGAAUUCAAGAACGUCUCGUGGGAUUGCGAGGGUGUUCUGAUAAGCGAAAAGUACAUCAUGAGUGCUGCACAUUGCAGCUUUACUUCAAAAUCGGGUCGUCCGCGAUGGGCUUUAGUGGGAAAUUUUACCUCAUUCUCGAGGAGAGAUAACGCCAAACCAAAAGCUUAUAGCAUUGUUAAAGUUCAUAAUCACCCGAAUUACAAAUUUCCAUCAUUCGAUCACGAUAUUUCGCUUUUCGAGUUGAACGAUACUGUCGCGUGUAACGUAUACCGAAGGCCAGCUUGCCUGUAUACAUCUAAGGCAGAUUUACUCAUCGGCCGGACAGCGAGCAUUUCAGGCUGGGAAAAAAUAAGCAGAGGUAGAUAA